UGUCGUAAGUUGCGAGAACGUCACUUUAUACAUCUAAAUAUACGAAUACAGGUGUAGCGUUCGCACAAAUGGCGACUUCGUCUGUCUCAAAGGGCUGUUUUGUUUUCAAGCCCACUGCUAAGAAGAAGAGGAUUUCGGGUGCAGAGGACUUCUUUGUUGAUGGAAGUGAGGAUGUAGAAAAUGGGAAACUGCGCUUCCGGCUCUGUCAAUCAACCUGGGAUGAAAUGAAGGAAGAGAUCGAGCAAGUACAGGAGGAUCUGAAUAAAAAGAUGCUGGAUGGCCUUCUGGAGUUCGUCAAGAAGUCGGCUGCCAGUUUCUGGUGUAGAGACGAUGACUGGAUGUCUCGUAUGAGGGCCAGUGAGAUCCCCACAGCUGCCUUGGUUCUGGGGGUAAAUAUGCCAGAUCACACAAUAACGUUUGAGAGCAUGACUGAACUACUGCACGAUUCCCUGACGCCUUUCGUAGCAUCUGUCCAGGCCAAAGAGUGUACAGCCAUGAAGCAACUGAUGCAGAAAGUCCUGCAAAGGCUGAUGGGAACAAACGUAAUGGUGGAUGAGGACGAAGCAGAGGCAGAUCUUGGUUUUCAUACCAGAGACUGUCCCCAGAAGAGAGUGAACUGUUCUCUCAGCGCUCUCUGUGACUGGUAUCAGAGUGCGACUAAGAAAUCCCCUGUUAAGUCGCCAAGAAAAAGGCUCAGCAGCUCACAGAGCGAAUUCCUGCAGAGCCCCCCCGUCGUGGUGAUCUUUAGAGACCUGGAGGCCUUCAGCCCCCAAGUGCUGCAGGACUUCAUCCUCGUCUGCAGUCAGUACGUCCAUCAGCUUCCUCUGGUCUUCAUCUUUGGCAUUGCCACAUCGCCCAGCACCAUUCAGCGCAUGCUGCCCCACUCCGUAUCCUCCCUGUUGUGCAUCGAGCUUUUCCAGUCGCUGUCCUGCACCCAGCACCUGGCCACCAUCAUUGACAAGUUGUUCCUGACUUCCAAGUUUCACUUCAAGUUCAGUGCCAAGGUGCUGCAAGUGCUGGUGGGAAUUUUUCUGUAUCAUGACUUCUCUGUGUGCAACUUCAUCAAAGGCCUUCAGCUGUCCCUGCUGGAGCACUUCCAUAGUCAGCCUCUCAGCGUGCUCUGCUGCCAUAAACAGGAGGCCCUGGUUCACGCCCAGCAGCUCAAUGACCGAGAUGUGGAGAGGAUCCAGCAGCUUCCUUCCUUCAUGAGGUAUGUUGAGGAGCAGGUGCCUGAGGAGCAGGUGCAGCUGCUAACCAGCAGUGAGCAUGUGAAGGGGGUCUGUCAGAAGUUACUGAAGAGCCUUCACAAAUACCACAAGAACUUCUACCCUGCUCUGAGGUGCCUGCAUGUUCUCACAUCCAUUCUGCCCAAGUAUCCACUGGGAAAACAGAUUCGAGAGCUCUAUGUGCUGUGUCUGGAGAAGAAAGUGUGGGAAACCCAAGAGUACGACUCAGCGAUGCAGCUCAUCAGGAUGCUUGCAAAGGAUGAGCUUGUCACCUGUUUGCAAAAGUGUGUGGAAAUCCUGACAUUUUGCAAGUCCAAAAAGCUGAAGAAAGUAGGGCAGCAGCUGCAAGAUAUCACUGCAACAUGUGAGAAGCUGGACAAGCUUUCCGAUGAAGGUAAUCUGGUUGAUGGUGAAGAAGGUGAUAGAGAGAAUGAUUCCUCAGGGAAGGGUCUGCAGAAAACAGACCUGUUCCACCUUCAGAAGACUUUGCUGGAGAUGAAAGAGUGUCGCAGGACGAGGAGAAAAACACCGUAUGAGAUCCUCAGAAAUGCUGUUGUAGAUUAUAUUGACAAUUUGGUGAAAACGCACCUCUAUCCACCUGAGUCGCAGCCCCUGUAUGAAGUGUGGUAUUACAGCUCCUCUGGGACUGUACGACGGCAUCUCAACGCCACGCCUCGAACCUCCAUCCAGACAGCCCUCAGUCACCCCUACUGCUACCUUCAGAACGAAGCCUUGAAGAAUGACUCGGGCAUCAUCUCUAGCGCAGCUCCGGACAUCUGCAUCAUCUACAAGCUGCACCUGGAGUGCGGGCGGCUCAUUAACCUCUAUGACUGGCUGGAGGCUUAUGCAACUGUAGCUACAGCCGCUGAAGGCAAGGAUCCAAGUGCCAUUGAAGGAGGAAAAGUGGACGAACUGAAACAUGCUCGUUUUAUCCGGGCCGUGUCUGAGCUGGAGUUCCUGGGCUUUGUGAAAUCCACAAAGCAGAAGACUGACCACGUGGCACGACUGACCUGGGGGGGCUGCUGACCCCAGCCAAGGGACAUGUUGCUUGGUAAUGAGCUGCUUAAUCGCUCCCUCAGCACAGUCUGCUCUAAAUUAAGAUGACUCGCACUGCACUAUUUGUCCGUGAGAUCCUUAACACAGUACAGGGGCAAUAGUGGUAGAAUUACUGACAUUAAAAACAGAGUGAAUUUGAAGCUGCUGCAAUGUCAUCCAUUGGUUUUAUUUUUCCAACUGAAGUCCACUUAAAGGCAGUGAAAUGUACAAUUUUAAAAAAAAAAAAAAAAGCUCAAAAUAAAUAAUGGGGGGAGGAAGUGAGGAACAAUCAAUCAAUGACCUGACAGCAGAAAUGCUUUCUAUAACCUUCAUGUGUGG